AUGAAGACGCAGAACAUCAGGACCCUCUCUCUCAUCCUCUCCAUCAUCUUCUACCUGCUCAUAGGAGCCACCGUGUUCGUCGCGCUGGAGUCGGAAAGCGAGAGUUUCAGGAAAAAGUCGCUGGAGGAGAAGCUGAACGAGCUGAAGGAGAAGCACGGCUUCCUGGAUGAGGACUACGGGGAGAUCGAGAGGUUGGUCCUCCUGUCAGAGCCGCACCGCGCCGGGAGGCAGUGGAAGUUCGCCGGCUCUUUUUACUUUGCCAUCACGGUCAUCACCACCAUUGGUUACGGACACGCCGUUCCACGCACGGAUGCGGGCAGAGCCUUCUGUAUGUUUUACGCCGUCUUGGGCAUUCCUCUAACGCUGGUCAUGUUCCAGAGCCUGGGCGAGAGGAUCAACACUUUAGUCCGAUACCUCCUGCGCAGGGCCAAGCAAGGCCUGGGCUUACGGAAGACGGAGGUGUCCAUGGGGAACAUGGUCUUUGUGGGUUUGCUGUCCUGCAUGAGCGUGCUGUGCAUCGGAGCUGCGGCCUUUUCCCAUUUUGAGGGCUGGACCUUCUUUAACGCCUACUACUACUGCUUCAUCACGCUCACCACCAUCGGCUUCGGGGAUUUUGUAGCACUGCAGAAGAGAGACGCCCUCCAACGACAACCCGGCUAUGUGGCCUUUUGCUUCAUGUACAUUUUGGUUGGGUUGACAGUAAUUGGAGCGUUUCUUAACCUGGUGGUGCUGAGGUUUCUGACUGUAAGAUCAGAUGAGCCUGACUUGAGGGCCGACGCAGGGGGAGAAGAGCAGGGACCGCGGCCUAAGGACUCGCAGGAGGACGGGGAGGUGUCAGAAACUGCUGAGGCGAGAUGUACAGACAGCGAAGAUGGACGUAGAAGCCGGUGUAACCUUACUCUCCCCAGUGAGGGGGCCAGCAGCUGCAUCAGCCUCCUCCUUUCUCCUGCAGAGGAAAGCAGGCUUAUACCAUCUGUGGCCUCUCUGCCCCCCGAGCCCAGUAGAUUCAGAGCCUUGUUCUCCUGCUUGUGCUGUGGCCCGGACAUUUACAGCAGCACCUCUCAGGCUCAGAACGAGCAGACAAGCGGCCACUGCAACCCUGUCUUUUACAACUCCAUCUCCUUCAGGGUGGACCAGGCCUCCUGCAGCUCCUGCACAGUGUUGUCGCAGGCCUCCCCCAGCAGCGAAGCGCUCUGUCUGGGCAACUACAAUCCUCACACCAGGCGGACGUCGCUGUGACUUUUCACUUACAAACUUUCAACUUUUUGAUACGCACCACGAAAUUAGCGUUGC